AUGGUUAAAGUUUAUAGUUAUGCUGGUAAUAUAUGCAGAGUGCUGAAUUCAUCUGUCGUGUUGAAGUCAAAUGCAUAUGCAAUAGCCAAGAGUGGGUUCAUGCUGACAUGUGGCGGUGGGAAUUGCAUGAAUGGUGUGGGGCGUGAAGACAACGAUAUGUGGUAUGAUGGGUGCGAAAACCCCGUUUUCUUCCCGAGAGCAAGUUUCAGGCUAGAACUCGAGGUGUUUGACUCAACAGCCGAAGUUGUCGUUGUCUGCUUUGAAGACACCGCCCACCGCUUGACAAAGAUCACUGCUCAUAGUAUACUCACAACAGAGUCUGGCCUGUCACGCGUCUACAGCCUUUAUUCCACUGACAUACAGGAUAAGUUCACUCAGGUGAUGGUAAGGAACGCUGAUGGAAGCAUUUUAACACUGCCGAAUUAUUUGCACUCUCUUAUGGGCAGCACUCAGACCCUACAGCUUGAUUCGUGUACGUAUUAUGAUCAUGGCCAUUUUGAAUCCUUCAACUGCAAGAAUGUCCUGCUAGAUGGGGCUGGUUGUAAGCCCUUUGGUUCUUCCACACCUCCAUCGAUCCCCGCUAAAGACAAGGGGGUGCUACCCAUACCGACACCAGUUAAGCGCGUUGAAGUGAUCGUAAGGUAUAUAUCGGCUUACACUUUAUUCAUGCCCUGCCUGCUUAUGCAGAUUCUGAUUCAGAAGAAACAGUUGACAGUGACCCACAUGAAAGGUAUACCGUCUGCACUUAGUUUGGCUGGUGAUGGGAUUGGGGAUGACGGUGGCAUGCGUUAG